UUCCCAUAAUGCUGUGCGUCUUUCUCCCGAGGAAGUAAAAUGUAGAAUCAGGUGACUCGUACUGCGGUUGGGGUGCUGCGGAACAAACUCUUUCUUUGGACUCUGCCUUUGCUUUUGUUUCUGUAUUUACGUCCCCUCGAAGCUUAUUGUUGAAUUAAUUCAUUAUGUUGCGACCGAAAGCGUUGACUCAAGUUCUGAGUCAGGCAAAUACGAGCGGAGUCCAGAGCACACUCUUGCUGAACAAUGAAGGCUCCUUGCUCGCCUACUCGGGCUAUGGUGACACAGACGCCCGUGUCACUGCUGCCAUCGCUAGCAACAUUUGGGCGGCAUACGACAAAAAUGGGCACCUAGCCUUCAAUGAAGACAAGCUCAAGUUCAUUCUUAUGGACUGCAUGGAGGGGAGGGUGGCCAUUACACGGGUUGCAAACCUGUUGCUGUGUAUGUAUGCCAAGGAGACUGUGGGCUUUGGAAUGCUGAAAGCCAAGGCUGAAGCUCUUGUGCAGUACUUGGAAGAGCCUUUGACCCAAGUGGCUGCAUCAUAGAUGAAGUUUUUCAGCAACUCUUCUGUUGGAUUUAUAGUCUGAAGACUCAUAAGGAGUGUCAAAUGCAGCAUUUAAAUGGACUAUUGUUGGUUUUGUACAAGGCUGUCUGUCACAGUGGUUUUUUGACAAUAUGGUAGUAUUUACAUUUGCUGAGUGUGUAUUUUUUUUUUCUUGUUUAUUUCUAGUGUUUGGACUGAAUGACUUCACCCAAAAUAUAAUUUUAUAAUGCUCAAAGUGGCUCCAUGGCCUCAUUAAACAUUGACCAAUCUAUCAGCAUAUUCCAUACUUCUGUAACUAAAAACUGAAAAUGUUUGAUUACCAGUGAUGCAUGUUUUGUAAAAAGGGUUUUUUGAAGUUUAAUUUUUUUGUGAUGCUGUCAUAGCACUCUACCACAUUAUGUUUCCACAUACAGUACUUGUUGAUGGCAAAGUCUUUCCACUAAAUCAGUAUGUCCUUGAAAAAUACUGCUACUGUGUUAGUCAAGCACCAUUUGCAAUGAAACCGGAAUCUGUAAUUAGGGCUAAUCUUAAUUAAAUGUAGUUUUAGUACUCAAUAGUUCUUGUACUUUCAGUUCACUUAAGGAUAGCUUUUUUGUCCUUCAAUAAAUAGUCUCUGAGAGUCUCAUUUACUUUAGUCUUAAAAUGCUGGAUCAGCCACUACACUGUCUUGGGUUAAUAACUCAAGAUUACAGGGAGGUAUUUGGAAUAUACAGUGUGAAAGAGAUGAAACCUAGUUUUCCUCUUUAUACUUGGAGUAACAUUAAAAGAAUGACUUGACCUGGCAAAGUUGCCUGAUUUAGGAAAAGUUCCGAUACACUUCGAACAGGACUACUUUUUCAUAAGUGGUAAGCCAACAGGCUAUCACAGAAGGUCAGUAGGUUUAGAAAAGUGUAGUGGUGUACUUCGAAUAGGUGAUUGUUUGCAGCGUUUCCAUCUCAACUGUUCUUAAAUUUGUAGCUGCUGCUUUUGGACACAACCUUUAAUUGUUGUCUGAAAAGCAUACAAAGUAAAAAUGUUCUUUCAUUAUGUUUUAACUUCAGGGUCUAGCUGUCUCGGGUCCUCACCAUCCUUUUCUAUUAGAAACUGCCUAUCAUCUUUGCAAAAUGACAUUAGCUAAUAGAGUGGGGUGUUAGUUACUGCUGGUAAAGACAAACACAACAUUAACAGGUGUUCUGCGAUGAGCUGGCAUCCUUGCUGGGGUGCCCCCUGCCACUUUGCGGAUGGUUCUGGAAGAGGCUCCAGCCCUUUGCAACCCUGACCUGGACAAGUGGUAAUGAAAACGGAUGGGUGGAGUAACAGAUGUUAAAGCAACUGAUUGCCAGUGGCUCCAUAACAAAGAAAAUGUUUAAUGGAUCAUUGUCAUGUGCCCUGCCAGCACAUAUAAAUUACCUUCCAUAUCCAGUAAACUACAUUGAAACCACUGCAACUAUGAGACCUGUGUGAAAUGCACUACUAUAUCAUGUUCAGUUUUGACAGAACAAUACUUGUAAUACAACACAACACGCAGCACUGGUCCAGACCAUACGCGCCAAAAGGUGAACAUCUGAAGCGUUGAGGUCUUAGUGAGGCCGGCCAGCUGUAUUCCAGCACACGAGUUGGUUGUGUGUGAACGCUAGAUGGUGACAAAGUCUUAUUUUUCAAAUUUGGACUUGACACGUCGAAAGCUUUUGUGCAGAGAUUGUUAAUUGGUCAUUUACGUCCAGAUGCCUCUAUAUUUGUGGCUGUGGCAUAAUUGACGUAACGGUGAGGUGGUUCUCAAGGGAGCAGAAGAGGUCUUAUUGUGUCAAAGUGGUGGGGGGCAGUAAAGGGAAUGACCGGUCUGCAGGGUUAAGGCUAAAGGUCAGCGUUCAGCUGCGCACAAGAACUGAAAGAUCUAAUAUGAAGUGUGAAAAUGUCUACAUAUGAGCUGGAGACUAAUUUGCAUUGUUCUCUUUAUGUACAGUGGAAAGCAGGCAGAAGUAUUGCACCACUAGGAAUCUGCUCAAGGUCAAGAGAUGAGGACUUGACAGUCACCCCAGUGCAGCUGUUUGCUUAGGCUGUUUUCACUGGUGCCCCAGACAUCCCCGACAACUGUGUCUCAGAGGCAGACAUCAGCUCAUUAGAACAUUGGGACACUUCUCUCCCUACUCAACAGUCAUACCCAUCACCAUUUAGCUGAUGUUGCACAGCCCUGCACAUGUCUCCUACAGCCAGAACAACUGAGAUGGGUUGGAGAGAUCAGCCCAACAAUUGCCCAGCUGUAGCGACUAAGGGUGUUUCCCAUCAAGAGACAGCUGCGAUUUGAGACAUUUCAGUUAUUACUUAAAACACACAAGUGAUGAGGAACCUGGAUAAACAUGCAGUUCCGAAGCAGUAAAUAAUAUUUCAUUAAAGCUUUUCAAAGUUUAUUGUCCUUCACACAUAGAACUUUUCUGUUACAGCCAGUCAUAUCAGAUUUUUUACAAUACAGCUGGAUCCCAACUUAACUGCUGAGUAAAAAAAAAAAAAGCAGUAAACUUUUUGCAGAUAAAACCUUUCUUGAGAAGUAUUUAGACUGGAGGAUGCGUUCAUGCCGUAUGCAAAAGCAUCGCCCUGUGUGCCAACAACAAUCAUGAAUAGUAGCUCUACCUUAAAUUUUCCAAAAGAGUGGAAAAGGUGUAAAAGAAGCAAACAAGAUGAACAAGCGGUGGAUGAUUCCGUUUUCUACAUCUACCAACUUUGAUACUUCUGACAUGGUGAGUGCACGAGGCAUCCUGGCUCACGAGAGGAAGGGGCUGUAUGACCUCUCACUUUCCACAAGAGAGCGAGAGAGAGAGAGAAAAUCUGUCAUUCUGUUUGUGUUUGAAAAACGCUGUUUCCUCAGACCUGCGAAGCUGUCCACGUUGUUGAAGUUCACAUUUAUUAAUGGUGGGUAUGUGCGUGAGUGAUCAGGAGAAACGUGUUUUGCUGAUGUAUGGAUGAGUGACACAGUGUAAGUAAUGUGUCUAGCAGC